GUAAAACUGUUUCUGGAACAUCGAAGAUGGAUUAUCCCAAAAUGGAUUAUUUUCUGGAUGUCGAGUCUGCGCAUAGACUCUUGGAUGUUGAGUCAGCUCAAAGAUUCUUCUACAGCCAAGGAGCUCAAGCUCGCCGGGCGACCCUGCUUCUGCCUCCCACAUUAAUGGCGGCAUCUUCGGAGGACGAUAUAGACCGGCGGCCCAUCAGAAGAGUCCGCUCCAAGAGCGACACUCCGUACCUCGCGGAGGCCAGGAUCUCCUUCACCCUGGGGGCAGAUCCUCUCAGCUCAAAACUGAUCCUCAACACCGAGGGCUCCUGGAAGACAUCAUCUCACAUCUUUUGAACGUUUAUGUAAUAGAAUAUAGAGGUUUGGUCUGUUAUAUAACAGAAAUGUGGC